AUGGAGCUCGUGGCUAGUAUGGUGACGGAACAUGAUAACUUAGAACUACAGGUUUUCCUGUCCUGCUCCACAAGAGUACUCGCCACAAUCGAAGUGGUGAGUGCUCUAUACGGAUUACACACUGGACGACAACGAGGAAGCGCCUGGCUGUUUUCGUGUCCACCGGCGGAUCAAACUUUCGGAGCAUCCACAGAGCGACGACCGAUGGUGACCGUUGUCUCGGACAAGCCAGAUUUAACAUUAUCUGAGGCAUCAAGGAGUGGAUUUCGUCUGCUGGCCGGCUACUUUAAGUUGAUACCAAAAGAACUCGUGGAAGCGUUUCCUCGAGCGAUCCUCAACAUUCACCUGAUGCUUCUCUCGGCUUUUGGAGGCAAAGGUUUCUACGGAAUCAAAGUCCACGAGGCUGUCGGCUCUCGUGUCUCAAGCGCAACGAUCCAUUUUGUGAGAAUGGGAGCAUUCUCGCGCAGCAAGAAGUUCCUGUUCUAGAGACGGAAGACUUGGCAGCCAGAGUGUUGGAACAAG